CAUCAGCAUAUCGCAAUACAAUAUGUCCGAGCAUCGAAAACAACGCGAAAAGACGUCAGGGAGACGAGAGAGACAAGUUGUUUCUUCUUUCAUCUGCCAGCCGGCAAAUUCUCCCGAUGGUUUCAACGUCUUGAUAUUCAAGCGGAGUGACAAGGUCCAUACCUAUAAGAACAAAUGGGGUGCUUGCUCAGGAGGAAUUGAUCCCACUGAUCCAAGCCCUCUCGCAGCUGCUUGGCGCGAGAUUCAGGAAGAAACUGGGCUCACCGAGAAAGAGCUCUCAUAUCAGCGCACGGGAAAACCAUUCACAAUAGUAGAUGAGAGUAUUAAUACUCAAUGGACGAUCCACCCAUUCUCCUUUCUCCUAAAAGAGGGCGCGAAGCCAGUUGUCAUUGAUUGGGAGCAUACGGACUCAAGAUAUGUGCCUCCAGAGGAGGUGAAGACUUACGAUACUGUACCGCAUCUACCAACCAGUCUCUCAAGAGUGCUGGUAGGGAAAAAUAUUGCUGCUGGGCUUCAAGCGCUUCAAGAAGACCAUGAAAAUGGUGCAAGAGUGCUGGCGACAAAAGGUGUUGAGACUUUGCUCGAAGCUCUGCAAGGUGAUGACUUUACGCACUCAGACUCCGCUGAAUCACUUUGGCGGAGCCUUAGAUUGGCAGGAUGGCAUAUCGCCAAGAAUGGCCGCCCCAGUAUGGGCGCUGCAAUCAACUACGCGGUGCUGGCUGCUUUGGCAUCUGUUAAGAAGACGCACGUGUCAAACCAAACUUUGAAUGUGUCAGACUUUCGAACGCGUGCCAUCGAAAGUCUCAAAUAUGUCAUUGAAGAACGACAACGGAGUGCAGACAAAAUAGUCAAGGCGUUCAAGGAUUAUUUGGACAAUAAAUUUGGCGAGAGACCUGUCACCAUUGUUACGGUUUCGUCUUCGUCAACUAUCCGGAACUGCGUUAAAGCUGCAUUGCUGGAGAAGCCGUCGCGACAAAUCGACUUGAAGAUUAUGGAGUCAAGACCAAAUUUCGAAGGAGUAUCUUUUGCAUCAUCGCUGCUAUCGGAUUUACAAAAGUGCGGUGAACAAUUUACUAAAAAUCUGCACGUCGAGGUUGGCACUGAUGUCAGUGCGGCUCUUAUGGCAAAGGACGCAGACAUUGUUCUCAUUGGAGCCGAUCGCAUCUCACAGCAUGGAGAUGUCAGCAACAAAAUUGGGAGUCUCGCAGCAGCGUUGCUCGCCAAAGAGGCGAGGCCCGACGUGGAGGUUGUUGUCCUUUCCGAAGUGGAGAAGAUUGCAGGGCCUGGGGAGAUUCAUGAGCACGGCGAGGAAAACAAUGAUGUUUCCGAAGUCACUGAAGCAUGGCCAUUGGACGAGAAAGCUAAAUCAGGUUUUCUGAGGGAGCAAAAUGUGGCCAUUAAAAACAUUUAUUUUGAGUGGGUCCCAGCAAAGUACGUGACCAGCUAUGUUUGCGAGACUGGGGUGCUCGCCCCGGCCGAUAUUCGUGCGCAAUCUAAGAAAGUGGCUGAAAUGGAGGACGAGAUCUUCGCCAAGUUAUAGUCAAAGCUGAAAUCUAGCUAUGGGUAUUCUUGUGGCUUUGCAUGUUUGCAAUUGAAUCAAUUCCGC